GACUAGACUCUGAGUUCUGUUAUACUGUGUUAAACACAGAUUGACCUCAAUCUAAUUCUUUUAUACUAUUUCCAUCAUGGCAGUAUGAUGGCACUAUUUAUAGAAAUGGAAUUACUUUAGAUUUACACUACUGUAACUGAGGCCAGAGUCUGGUCCUAUGUUUUCCCCAUUGAUUCUGUGUAUGAGAGAAGCUUGGGACUAUUCUUAAAUAGGGCCUUUUGAAAUCCAGGAUUCAUUCCAAUGUGGAAAGUGAGUGUGUGGAACAAAGAAGUACUGUACAUCUCUCCUUAUCUUUCAGUGCCCGAGACAAGACUGAAAAAGUUUCUGAUUGUGAAGGCAGUGAAAUCUACUUUCAGUGAUCAGAAUGCUACGGUGAGGAAGGCAGUUCUUCAUUUCAUCAGGACGCUGCUCAGCUCAGAAAGUGUGGAGAACUGUGCAGCAUGGGAUAUGGUAGCACAUGUUUUCAGGGAGUUCAGUGUGUCCAUCAGCAAACUGGUGUUAUGGCCAAGGCUUCUGGAAUAUGUGGUGCCAGCUCAGUACACUGGUACUUUGAAGCCUCUCUGCAGAUGCCUUAGGGAGCUGGCUGAGAAAAAGCAGCAGGAAGGAGAAGAAGCUGCUUGCCUCGACUACGGUGGAUCAGUGAAUUUCCCUACACCCCAGGGGCUGCUGGCACGACUCCUGGUAGUAGCCUCAUCCCCUUAUGCAGGAGAAGGACACGGAUGUGCUGCCUUGCAGUUAUUACAAGCCCUGCACCAAAAUAUCCAUGCAGCAGUGGGUGAGAUGUGGGUAGUAAAGAUCCCAUCUCUGCUGCAGUACAUUGAAGGAAACACGGAGAAUUCCCUGGACCAUGCGGUGGGAGCACAUGCUGCUUCAG